CCAGCCUCAUUACCAUCAUCAUCAAAACCGACCUCCGGUUUAUCAUCAGCCACCAAGGCCAAUAUCGCAUCCAUACCAUGACCACGUUCUUAAUAGGCGGAGAGACAACCAUCUUGAAGCUGUGAUUGAGGGUUUCAUGGAGAGCCAAAGAAGAUAUAACCGAGACACCGGGACAAAGCUAGAGUUCAUGCGAUAUGAACUAGAUGGAAAGCUCGGAGAACUCUCUACCCAAAUAGAGAGAGUAGAGUCAAGAUAUGAGAAGAUCACAAGUCUUGAUAACAACCUCGAUGGCACCACCAAGAGUCUCAAUUCAAUCACAGCAGUAGCUCAUCAAGCUAAGAAGGAGGUGGCCGAAGUAAGCCUAAAGGAGAGGCAAUGUUACUCGAAGAUGUUCAUGUUGGUGGAAGGGCAAAAACAAGUGAAGCAUCAAUCCGAGACUUGCACAUCUCUUUAG